GUGUGGUUCGCAGCGUGCGUGUGUUGACGCGUCCUGGCUCUCUCUCCUCAUGGAUGACAUCAUGCGGGCUGCCGUGUAUCUGCGACAUGUCCAGUUAAACCAGUAGAGCAGCAGAGCCGCCGGGACCGCACACGAGUGAUGCAGCAGAAGUUGUGCUCCAGAGGUUCCGGUUUCCUCCUGGAGAGGAACGGCCAGGCCUGCGGCGCCAUCGCCGAGCCCGCCACCUCCUGCGACCUCCCGUUCCGCUGCCCGCGCUGCGGCGAGCAGGAGCGUUUCCGCAGCCUGGCCUCGCUCCGCGCCCACCUGGAGUACCGCCACUCGUACCGCUCGCCGGACGUGAUCACCGGCAGCUUCAGCAUCACCGGGAAGCUCCCCGACCCGACGGCGGUGGCGGCGAUCCCCUGGCACGACGCGAGCCUGCCGACCCGCAGGGGGCAGCAGAGCGCGGGGCGGGCGCUGCACGUGCGCUCGCUCAGCGACAGCAGGGACAGCGGCUACCUGCACUCCUACAGCUCGGCGAGGAGGCGCACCCAGAGCGUCGGGGUGGGGACGCAGGCCGAGGAGGACGAGGAUGAGGACGACGAAGAUGAGGAGGAUGAGGAGGGCGGCACAGAGGGUGAAGAACUGGGGGAUGAAGAAGAUGAUGAUGAUGAUGAGGAGGAGGAGGAGGAAGAGCGAGAUGGCGGCAGAAGCGAGGAUGACGUCAAACCGCUCGCCGUAAAGUCUGAGCCGGGCCUUCAUCACCUCAACCACCAUCACCUCGCGUUCCCGCCUCCUGCCCCCCUGGGCCCCCCGCCCGACCCCGAGCCCGGCGCCUCGCUCGACACCGUGGAGCAGAGCUCGUACUCGGGCCUGGAGACGGCGGCGGCCUCGGCGGCGGUGCGGCGGCGGCUGGCGAGCAUCCUGCGCGCGGCGGACAGCACCAUGCAGCGGCGGCUGGCCCGCGUGAGCACCGAGCUGGCCCAGACCGACACCGAGCUGCUGUGCGAGCGCGCCCACUCGCAGCACCUCGCCCAGGAGAGGCAGGAGGUGGCCGAGCGGGAGCGCUCGCUGAGCCGGCAGGUGGACGUGGCCGUCAUGGUGAUCGCCACGCUGAGGGAGCAGCUCAACGCCUCCGAGAACGAGCUGGAGCGGCGAGAGAGGGAGGUGAUCACCAUCCAGAAGUUCCUGGAGGCGGCGGCCCGUCAGGAGACGUGCGGGAAGGUUCGGAUCCAGCGCUUCAUCGAGAACCUGCUGAGGCGCAUCGCGCUGGCCGAGAGGCUGGUGGAGUAUUACCAAGGCAACGGCAGCCCGCUGCACUGCACCCACUACAAGCACCAGCAGCCGACUGACAACGGACCUCACAGAAUCACGAAGAGCAGGUCAGCGGGGGGUCAGCUGUCCUCCUCCGGUCUCCAUGACAACAGAAACCACUCCUCCUCGCAGUUCGGCGGCCGUCCGUCGUUCUCGAAAGCGGGCCGGGAGCGGGAGCGGGAGUGGGAGCACCGGGAGCGGCUGGCCCAGUCGUCCCGGCUGUUCUGCCGGCCCGAACACAGAGACGACAUGUGGAACCACCAGCGGCGCCGCUCCGCCGGGUACGAGGCCUGAAACCGGACGGGAACGCCGGGGGGAGGCGGCGUCACGCGAAUGUAUAUGUAAAAGAUGUGACUCAGUGUAAAAUGUAUCUUUGCUAUUGUUGGUUUUGGUUUUGUUGACCGUGUUUAUUGAUAUUUUGUACAAAGCUAUUUUGUGUCCUCCAGUGGAAGUAGUAGUCCUAUGGUACAGAAAAACGAACACAAGCCGUAGCGAACACAAAGUAGUUUUUAAGUUUCAUGUUUUUUAUUUUUCACAGACCUGACCAGCAGUUCUGUAAAAAACCUGAUUUGCUCCAAAUUUAUUGGAGGCUGCGGAAAAAAAAAAAAAAUAGCUUAUUGUUUAAGCCAUGUGAUGUUUUUUUUUUCAUUGAUUCAACAAAUGGAAAAUGACAUUAGAAUUUCAGCGAUAACUGAUCUCUUAAAUUGAUUAUACUUUGGGUGUUUUACUGUCAGAAACUGUUCCUGGAUUUCAGACAGGCCGUCUUUGAUUGACAGCCGUGUCUUUUUGAAAUGCCGUUCUGGCUUCUGAAUGUGUCUCAUUGGCACCAGAACGUGGAUGGGAAACUGAGGUUCAGUUUCACCAGAUUAAUGUCUGCACCACAUAAAUUUGGACAAAUCAGCGGUUGAGUAUCGGGGAGAUGGGAGGCGGAUGGGAAUUUCAAACCUUUAGCACUUUGUGAAUUUAGGCCCUGGUGGUUUUUAGACUCAUCGCUGCUCUCAGAUGAAAACCCCAUCGUCUUCUCUCUUUUGAAUCUUUGGGAAAAUGUAGAUUCUUGUCUUUCUAAACAGUUAAAUGAGGUGAGAAUGAGACACAAGCCCAACGUUAUGAAUCAGGAUCAUCUUAUAAACAUCAGAUGAGCCUCCAGUCAAAGAGUUUCAUUCUAAACCUGCCCUGUGGAAAAAAACGAGACACUGACUCUUAACUAGACAGUUUCUGGUUUGAUGGUAAAGUUUAAGUCCAGUGGGUUUACUUAAAAAAAAAAAAAAAAAAACAAUGAGGACACCAUGGAGUCCAUGAGCCAGCAGACUAAUUAAGUAAAGCAGUGUUAAUAUCAUUUUAAUAGCACUGUUAAUACUCCAGUCUGCUACUUAUGUUAGCUAGUGUGCUAAUUGGAUGGGCU